AUGGCUGAACCAAGAAUGUCAGUCUACCGGUACUUCGUCCGCCUUCGCGAUCGCCUCGAGUUCAUCCUGGUGCGGUACGUCGACAAGGACCCGCACGUCCAGGAAGACUUUCCCAUAUACAAAGCUGAACGCGACGAGAAAUGGGCAGUGGAGGAUGGCUUCCACAAGCAGAUUCCGUCGACUAAGUCGGCGACCGAGCUUGAGACUAUCAAGUCAUGCGUCGAGCAACGCUGUGCAGAGGGGCCUCCCGCUUCACCAGAAUCACCCAAGAAGGCGACGCCAGAUACUGGAGACAAGGGCAAGAAGAAGGGCACGGAGCUUUUUUCGGGUUUCGACUUUGGCCUGGGGGAUGCAAGUCCAAGUGGGCAGCGCAAAAACAGCCACAACGGUUCUCAGCAUGCAGCAAAGGAUAAGGGACUGGCCAUCGAGCGACAAAAUACCAACGAUUCACGACCCUGUGACGCCUCCAGAUCGAGCACGUUCACUUCCGUCGUCGACUCGACACUCUCUGAGGCCAGACGACGCAAACGGCAGCGGUCCGACAGCAAACCCGGGUACUUCGACCCCGACCCUUUUCAUGAAGACGUCGGCGCAUCAGGGGCAGCGAGGAUCCAGGGUGAGGGGGACGAGUUGGUCAUGAAUGUGCCUGUCGAGCUUCGCAACGGGCCCUUGGCCAGGGGAGGCGACGACAUCAGGGCGACGGCUGGCGUUGAGGGAAAAGGACACGAAAGCCUGGUCAUGAACAUCCCAGUGGAACUGCAAAACAGAGGGUAG